GCGGCUUUCUUCCACAGCUCGCAGGCUCUAGCAGUUAGAAAGAGGGAGACGAGGCGACGCAGUCACCGGCGAGCCCCGGCCCUGUCCUUCCAUCCCCUCUAAUCCUUCCCGGCUUCCUUCACCAGGUGAAGCUUUGAUACUCCAGCAUUCUGCUGUCGGUGGUGACGUCAACAGAGCGACAGGGAUUGGACGUCAUCACAGGAUGCCUGAGGUCGCCCAACUUUACGGAUUGUGAAGGCACUGGAAGAGUUUGAGGAUUUAAUUUAAAAUCCGCGAGGACCUGUGUUUGACUCUGGCCGCGUCUGUAUCUACUGACGCUGAUUUUUUCUCCAACGUGUUUAUAUUUUUUCUCCCCCCCCUCAGAAUAGCAGAUUUCCCAAGUCUUUUCAUUCAUUCCGCUUUCCAAAUAUUUACAAACGUGAAACACUUCCGAGGCCUAAUUAUCGCUCUUUGGGAACUAGAUUUGCGAAAAAAAACCUUUGCUGUUGUUGUGAAAACUUAACUUGCUGCUGCCGAGUACUUGUCAGAACUUCUAUGUGUUCAAGCUGAAAUUUUCCGAAUUUUCGUUUGAUUAGACUGUAUUAUUGGUUCAGGUAACUUGUCGUCACUGUUAUGCCGCGGGAUAUCUGCAGCAUUUUCAGACUUUUUGCCAGAUUUAUACAGCAAUAAGUGCUGUUGCGCAUAUAACUGGAAAAAAUGACCCUUUGAGUGAUCCUUAUGCUGUGCUGCAAUGAAAAGAAGCAGAGUCUUGUGGUGCUGUUGCUGGGAAGUUCACAUUGUGGGAUUCCUCUCUUUUUGGAGAAAGGGAUUUGCCAUGAGGUGUUGAUACCUUAUUUUAAAACUCUGAGACAUAGGACCUAAAUGGCGCAGCAUGACUUUGCUCCAGCCUGGCUUAAUUUUCCAACUCCACCUUCAUCAACCAAGCAAUCACUCAACAUUGAAAAAAAUCCUGAAACACUUGUCCGACCGGAGAAUCGUUAUGAUGUGAAUCGCAGGCGACACAAUUCUUCAGAUAGUCUGGAAUCUGCUGGGGCACGAUCUGGUGGAGGAAACUUUGGAAGAAAAGAGAAGAAUGGUUGGCGGUCACAAGCACGAGGCACAGAAACAGUAAAUCAACGAAGUGGCUACCACGGAGGAAAUUCCCGAGCUCGAAGUGGUACUUUUCAUGGAGGAAAGGCCCCACCACUGCAUGAGAAUAACUUAACGGAAGAUGAAAAUGGAAAGAGGGAAGGAAAGGAGAAGCCCAAACAAUUUGAGGCCGAGGAUUUUCCAUCUCUCAAUCCUGAGUCUAAAAAAGAACUUGGCAAAAACAAAUCUAUUGCAGGAGUGUGGGAAAACCCUCCAAAUCCAAAAUCUAGAACGUCUAAAAUGCUGGUCAUUAAAAAGGUCCUUAAAGAAGAACCAAUACUACCAGGAUACCCACUGACAGGGGUUUCUCAUCCCCAGCCUGUAAAGAAUGGGACAGGACCCAGUGUAUAUAAGGGAUUGGUUCCCAAAGCUGCUGGCCCUCCAUCAAAGCCAGCGCAAUGGAAAGGCUCAGCAAAGGAGAAUAAACACGGAACCCCAUUUGUCAGCUUCAACGCGCUCUUGAAACCUGUACCUCAGACCUUCAGUUCAUCACCAAACUCUUUAAAGGAGAAUAGUCGCUCAAAUUCUUCUUCACCAAUUGAUAUAGCAAGUCAGCCUCGUAUGUUGAAACUGACACGCAUGAGAUCUGACAAAAAAAGUGAAUUCCUGAAGACUUUGAAACAGGACAAGCCUGGGGAAGGGUAUCCUGAUGAUGGAGAUGAUAUAGAUAAAGAAAAGGAUUAUGAAAUGUUUAACAUGCAACACAACAAGAAUACUCAUCAGGAGAGAGACAAAAACAGAAAUUUUGAUAAAAAUGGUGAUUCCAGGGAAAAUGGAAAUGCUCGACUUCUAUCCCAGGCAACUAUUCGCUCUUCAGCAUUUCCCCAAUCUAAUAUUUUAUCAAGUUCGCUGGAAGCUGAGCAUAGGCUGCUGAAAGAGAUGGGCUGGCAGGAAGAAAGUGAAAAUGAUGAAACAUGUGCUCCGAUAACAGAGGAUGAGAUGAGGGAAUUUCAGGCCAUUAGUGAACAGCUCCAGAAAAAUGGCCUUCGCAAAAAUGGUCUUCUGAAAAAUGGUUUGACUUGCAACUUCACGUGGAAGAGCACUUACAAGCCUACUGUUAAUGAUGACACAGAGACGAGCAGCAGUGAUACAUCUGAUGAUGAUGUGUGAGAGGUUAAAGAGAGACGUAAAAAUGAUUUGGGUAUAAUUAUUAUCAUUGUGGUAAACUGCCAAAAAUAACUGCAUUAAAAGCAGUACAAUACCCCACCAGAAGAAAUUUGAGGGGGCUUCUUUGUUCAAGAAUGGACAUUGUUGGACUUGGCCUAAUUUGAACUUUGCUUAAUGCUUUGUAAUGGCCUUUUGUAGUAAUGAGGAUUUCAGUUGGAUUUAGCAUUGAUCUGCUUCAUCACUGCUGAUCACAGGAUACAUUACUACAAUGUGAAAGAAAGUUAUUGAUCAUGGAAUAAUUCACAGAUCUAAUAAACCGAAUUGAAGUUAAAAUUGUGUAUUGUUCCAUGGAGCUUUUGGCUUAAAGUUGUUCCAUUUGUUGGGAAGCAGCAAAUUGGAAAAACCAGUAUCCUGCUUGCUGAUUCAUAUUCAUUACCAAAACUGGACUGUAAAAGUCCACUGUCUACAAAAAAACGGGUGAUCUAGCAUGUUGGUCAAAAGUGGAUGCAGUAAACUCGUUGUUGCCUAAACCUAAUGAGUGCUCUUGUACUGUUCCAAUUCUUUCUCAAAGUUAAUUGCUUUUCUAACCAUUUGUAGUUUUUAAUCGUACUUCAAUUUGUAGAAAGAAGAAUUCUGAGAUCAAGAGCUUUAUCUGUGCAACACAAAGCCUUGAUAUUCAGGGUGGACUGUACAAAGCAAACUAUUGAAAAUUGACUAGAUUAUUUUGAUAAAUUAGUUAUUUACAAAUCUUACCAAAAGGUUAUGAUCACAGUUGCUGGAUCUAUUCACUAAAUGGAAUAAAAACUGGA